UAGGAGCUGGAAAGCAAGAGAGGUAAAUGAUGAAAGUUGUACAUGCCAGUCCGCUUCCAACGCGGCACGUGCUGAGCCUGCUAAGUGGCACGUGCUGCAAGCGUCCAAUUAGCACCACCUACCCGCCAAAGUCACUUAAUUAUAAACGCGAAACGCAUUUCCCAUGGAGAAGCAGAACCAUCACUCACAGCGAAAUCCAAACCAAAAUGGCGCAAAAACAAAGCAUUGAAGAAUCUCAGAGCAAGCUCCGAUCAGAGUUCCUGAAUGUCCUGCGUAGUAGGCGACCCGCUCAAGUUCCACUAACCGUCGAACUCGCGAAGCCGGUGGAGAAUCCUUUGCAGCAGACCUCUCCUCUAACGAAGGAAGAGAUCGAGAUAUUGGAGUCGAGUCCGAAGGCAGAUAUAGGGAAUCUUGAAGAGUUGCUCGAAGAGGAGAAUUUGUACUUGAAUAUAGAGAAAGGAGAGCAAGGACGGUUGCCGGUGUUGAUUUUGAAGUUGAAGGAAAGCGAAAAGCGGAGAAAAAAGCCUGCGGUUGUUUUUCUUCAUAGUUCGUACAGGAACAAAGAAGCCGUGCGUCCAUUGCUUAAGGCGUAUGCUUCGCGAGGAUAUAUUGCAAUUUCUGUUGAUUCUCGUUACCAUGGAGAACGUGCCACCAGCACAACCACCUAUCGCGAGGCACUUAUUUCUGCAUGGAAAACCGGUGAGACGAUGCCAUUCAUAUAUGACACGGUCUGGGACUUGAUUAAAUUAGCGGAUUAUCUAACACAGAGAGAGGAUAUAGACCCUUCUAGGAUAGGAAUCACUGGAAUAUCACUCGGAGGAAUGCAUGCAUGGUUUGCUGCAGUUGCUGAUACUCGUUAUUCAGUAGUUGUUCCUCUGAUUGGCGUUCAGGGAUUUCGAUGGGCCAUAGACAACGAUAAAUGGAAGGCUCGAGUUGAUAGUAUAAAGCCUCUUUUUGAGGUGGCUCGUGAUGAUUUGGGUAAAGUGGCUAUUGACAAAGAAGUGGUGGAAAAGGUGUGGGACCGAAUUGCUCCUGGUUUGGCUUCCCAAUUUGAUUCACCCUAUUCAAUUCCAACUAUCGCACCACGUCCUUUGCUUAUUCUUAAUGGUGCGGAAGAUCCUCGGUGUCCCAUUGAAGGCUUGGAAAUUCCAAGGACAAAGGGAAGCCAGGCACACGGAGAGUUUAACUGUUUAGAUAAUUUCAAGUUUAUUGCAGAACCUGAAGUUGGACAUCAACCAACGAGAUUCCAGGUGAAAGAAUCAGCUGAUUGGUUUGACAGGUUCUUAAACCCUUAGCCCAUGCCCUCAUAUGCGUUCUUCAAGACCUGUGUGGUUGUAAAAUAAUAAUCCAACUUGCUCUGGCUCAUUGCCUCA